AUCAGUUAAUGUGUGUAAAUAAAAGUUAUUUGUGAUAGAAAAUGAAACUAAUAUCACACAAAGUGAGUACUUUUUGGUGAAAAUACGGGUAUAUGAUCAACAUGACAAGUAGUAUAAACGUUCAGGCUUUGAGCUUAGUCGUUGAUAACCAGGUUUAACACAUAUCUAGGUCAAACAAAUACGCACACAAACUAUUGGAUUUUGCAAGUGAAUCGAAAGUAGGAAAUAUAAACAUUAUUGACUUACAUUUAAAUUGUGAUCUUUGUGUUUUAAAAUCGGAUUGAGUAUAAUAAGUGGAUUCUGUAAUCGUUUUCGAUUGUUUAGGAUAUAUAUGUGAUUUAUGUUAUCAUACUCGUACAAUAACAAUGGCAUCCAGAUAUGACGCUAAAAAACAACGUGGCAAUACUGAUGUAGCAUUGCUUGAAAAUGCAGACAUUCACGAACAGAUCUGCCAACAACACAAUAAUGAAAGGACUUCAAUGUUUUGCAGAAAACACAUGGUGGUUAUUUGUGGACGAUGUUUAUUGCAAAAUCACAUGAAAUGCGAAAGUCAGUUGGUUGACCUCAAUGAGGUUUCUCAUCCAACCACAGAUGAUAUAAACAAACUAAUGCAUGGAUUAGAGAGUAUUCUUAGUGACGCACAGUUCCUAAACAAGGAUGUAAGUGUUAAAAGAGAGAAUAACAACUUAGCUAAAGAAGAUAAUUUAAAAGCAAUUCGUGAUUUUAGAAAACAAAUCGACAUUUAUUUCGAUAACUUGCAAAGAAAAGCUGAAUAUGAGAUAACACAAUGUCAUGUAAAAAACGAAGACGUAUUUACGGAACAAAUUAAAACAUGUUUGGAUGUUAAAGAAGAAGCGCAGAUAAAACUUAAGCACAUAAAUAACAUUCUUGAGAAAAAACAGAAGAGCACUAUUUAUGUUACAAAGGAGAGCUUAGGAAUAGAUAUAGCUAUCCUCAAAAAAACUCUUGAUGAAGCUUCAAGAAAACCUAUGGGUCCACUGUACGAAUUCCAUAAGAAUGAUGUCGUUCAAAACCUGAUAUCGACGGAAAAUGUGUUAGGCACAGUAGAAAAUGUUCAUACCGGAAGCGAUGAAGUAACGCAAACUAUAAGACACGAACAAGUGCAGUUACAGGACACGUUUGAUGGAAGCGCGGGAAAGACUGCGCCUAAAUCCGUCACUGUGCCCCCAAUCGAAGAGCAAAAAUCAUUCAUCAGAAACCAACUAGAAAGGCCGCUUAUUAAAGGAGACACUUGGAACGUACUAGAUGAGAAGUGGUUUAAGCAGUGGAAGAGCUAUGUGGGCUAUGAGAGUUGGGACAACUACAAUGUGGGAGAGGAAAGUUCCAACCCUGGACCUAUUGACAACUCGCCCUUGUUUGAAGAGGACACUAAGACUCUUAGAAAGGACUUGAUAGAUGACCUUGACUACAUCCUCUUGCCUUCUGAGGCUUGGACAACGCUGGUUUCGUGGUAUUCAAUUACAGAUAACCAGGAAACUUUGCCAAGACAAGUAAUAGAAGCGGGUGUGAACAGUAGAUCUUUCAAAGUAGAAGUUUACAGAUGGGAUUUAAAGCUCUGUGUUUAUGCCAGCCAAAAUGAUCAUAUAGUAAAGGAUUUCUCGCGUUCAGACACGGUAGGUUGCCUGAAGAUGGAAAUGAUAAAGCUGUUUAACGUUGGGAGUGACAAAGAGGUUCGACUGUGGAAUCGUUAUUUGACCAACUUGUACGAACCGCUUAAUAAAGAGCAUAACACCGUACAAGAUGCGGGUCUCUACUCGGGACAGGUUGUCGUUAUCGAACAAAAAAAUAAGAACGGGACCUGGCCCAGAGACACUCAAAGAGACUCCAAUAAUGGCGCCAGUGAUGUAAAAUGAAGCGGAGAUUCAAAAAGAAUAUAUGAGGAACAUGCUAGUUAUUGCUGACGUAAUUGGUACACACAGUUUAUUCAUAAUGUAACAUGAUUUUAAAUGACUGUCUACAUAUCGGAAAGCUUUUACAGAAGCGCUUGACUGUAUUUGCUUCAAAGCUUCUUUUCAAUUAGUCGAUUUGAUUUUUGUUUUUAACAAUAUAGUUUAUUGCUUUUAAAUAUACCAUAUAAUGUCCUUUAGUGUGAUCAUAAUGUGUUUAUGCGGAAAUUCUAAGCGUUAUAUCGACAUAUAUACAUAACAGUUAUUGGUUGACAAGUGCAACGUGCUUGUUGUUUAAGUAAGACAGAAAAGUAUAUAUGUUAUUGAUGAGAUGCACACCGUCAU